AUGGAAUCGAUAAUCGUCAAGAAAACUACCACAUUGCCAUUAAUCCGCUUAAUAAUAGCUUUCUUAGCAUCAUCUCAUGCUACUAAAGUAGAAGCAAUAAGCGAUUGUCACAAGCUAACCGUAAAUAGACCAUCCUAUCGCGUAAGAUCAAAACACAAUUUCAAUAGGUCCAAGCUAAUAUUCUCAAUUGCUACUAAUAAUAAAAUGGUUGAAGAGAAAGAAAUAACAGAUCCAGAAAAGGAUCAAAUUUCAAAUUCAGAGGAAGAUAGUGAUGAUAAUCGUGAAAGUUGGGAUAAAAAAAUUGAUUUCUUCCUAUCUUGUGUAGGCUAUGCUGUUGGAUUUGGUAACUUGUGGAGAUUUCCCUAUCUUUGCUAUGAUAAUGGUGGAGGUGCUUUCUUGAUUCCCUACCUGCUUUUCCUAUUUAUUUGUGGUAUACCUAUGAUCGCUAUGGAAAUGUCUAUUGGCCAAUGCUUUCGCGGUGGUCCUACCACGGCAUAUAAAAAUAUUUGCCCGAUGUUUGAAGGGAUUGGAUAUGCCCAGUUGAUGUCGACUUUUCUCUCUGGGAUAAACUAUGUCGUUAUUUUCGCUUGGGUAUUAUUCUUUUUCAUCGCCAGCUUUAUCAGUCCAUUGCCGUGGACUACUUGUGGAAAUACUUGGAACACCGACAGUUGUUUCGUUAGAAAUGGUUCAGAGACGAAUAUGUCAGGAAUUUCCCCGUCUCAAGAGUUUUUCAACGCUCGUGUACUAGGAUUAACACCUAGUCCUGCCCAGUUUGGUCACGUAAGAUGGGAGCUCGCAUUAUUAUUAUUAUUAGCUUGGACAAUUAUUUAUCUCUGCGUCUUCAAAGGCAUUAAAUGGUCAGGAAAGGUGGUUUACGUUACUGCUACGUUUCCCUACGUCGUAUUGAUCAUCUUAUUUUUCCGAGGAGUUACUUUGCCUGGAGCCGGUAAAGGCAUUAACUUCUACUUAAGAGUCGAUGUGGAUAAGUUAAGGCUAGCAGGCACUUGGGCUAGAGCAGGAACACAAAUAUUUUAUUCGUUAGGUACAGCUUUUGGUCCAAUGAUUACCUUUGCAAGUUAUAACAAGAGAAGUAAUAAUGUACUACGAGACGCUACUUGUAUCAGUCUCAUUAAUUGUACUACAAGUUUCUUUGCUGGUUUUGUUGUCUUUUCUGUCAUUGGAUAUAUGUCAGAACAACAAGGACUUCCUGUUUCGUCAGUAGUUAGCCAAGGUCCAGGUCUUGUAUUUAUGGUAUAUCCAGCUGGUUUGGCUACUCUACCAGGUGCUAACUUCUGGUCAAUUAUUUUCUUCAUGAUGUUAAUCACACUUGGUAUAGAUACUGAAAUGGGUGGAAUAGAAGCUAUGACAACUGGAAUCACCGAUGUAUGGCCUAAAUAUUUGCCUUACAAGGAGUUGCUAACAUUGGUUAUUUGCGUUGUUACAUAUCUUCUAGGAUUAGCCUGUGUUACUACGGGAGGGUUUUACAUCUUUACCUUGAUCAAUUGGUAUUCCGCCGAAAUAGGACUUUUCAUGACGGCUCUCGUUGAGAUUAUUGCUGUUUCCUAUAUUUACGGUGGUAAUCGCUUUGCUAGAACUAUUGCUCGAUGUACUAAAAAAUCUGUGUGGAUCCAUUGGAAAGUUUGUUGGUAUUUUCUAACUCCUGUCAUGAUUUUUGUAGUGGUACUUCUGAGUUGCAUCUUUUAUAGCCCGGUUGUAUAUGGCAAUAACCUUCCUUUUCCAUGGUGGGGUGAAUUUCUAGGCUGGAUAAUGACAGGGUCCAUUUUGGCUUGCAUUGUGAUUCCGGGGAUUUAUAGAUUCAUUACCAUGGACGGGUCUUAUAAAGAGCGAAUUGUCAGAUUAAUAUUCGUUCCUAAAACAGAAGAGGAAUUAGAAGAGGAAGGUCUAUCAGCUGAUAUCGACAUUAACUUUAACGGCGAUGAGAAAGAGCCAACCAUUAUAGGUCAAAAGCAGUGGUAUGGCAUUGAAUCAACAGUAUAA